AUGAGACCAAUUUACAAUGCUCCAAAAGUGGCCGAAAAGAAGGACAAAAAAGCAAAAUCUUCAAGCUCAUUUCUCCCUUUGCACAUGCAGCACUGUAUCAACAUGUCAAAACAGCAAUCAGACAAGACCUACGUCGCCGACGCCAAAAAAUCAAACUCGAAGAACUCCUUCCGAGUGACGGAAAACCAAGGCUACAAGCAAGCAAAACAAGUAGCUGCAGAAACCAGCGUCAGAAAUUAUUCUAAAACGAAAGAAGAAGUGAUCAAGACAUUCAAGGGCGCGCAGAACUUGGGCUACGACAAUCCGGAAUUGCAGAGACACAAGAAAAUUCAAGAGCAAGUUUCGAAGAAUAUUUACAAAGAGGAUUAUGAAUUGGAAAAGGAUGCGAUUUAUUAUCCAGCGGAUUGGAAUCCAGGCUAUCAACAACAACUCGCCACGAAAAACGAAGAACUUUCUUCAAAAAAACGCUCUGAGCUCGCAAAAAACGACUACACUUUCAACGCCUGCGAGACGGAAAUCUACAAGAACCAGAAGUCGAAGAAAGAGUCCGAGCUUCAGUACAACAAAGAUUGGGAAGAAUCGAAAGCGAAGAUCAAAGGCACGACCGAAACCGUCGAACUCGCCCGCGUCAAAGAAGUAGCUCAAACGCAAAGCCAGCGAAUUUACACUCAAAAUGGCAAAGAAUUUCUGAAAAAUUACGAUUUGAACAAAGGAUUGAUGAAUCGAGGAGACAUUGCUCACGAUGUCAAUUCGAAGAAAACGAGCGAUGUUUUGAACAAGAAUUACAAAGCAGAUUGGGAAGACAGCAAGAUGAAAACGGAGUUUGAGAAAAACCUGGGAGAGGUUAAUGGAAUCAAGCAUACACUCGAAACAUCAAAAAAUGUCAUCGACGCUUCCGGCGCUCGCUACAAAAAAGAUGCCCAAGAAACCAACCGUCAAAACCAGUUCACCAAGACUUUCUGCGAUACCGAGCACUACAAGACUUCGAAGAAAAUCACCGAAGUGACGAGAGAUUCGAUUUAUCAAAAAGGAAAGCAGGAUAUGAUCAAAACGCACAAGGGUUUUCAGUCGCUUGAUAUUUCCAAAGUGCCUUCUUUCCAGCAACACGAAGCCAAUCAAAAACAACUGUCAAAACACGCUUAUUCCGAAGACUGGAAUCUCGAAAAAGACUCUGUUUAUUUCCCCGCUCACGCGACCGAAAGCUACGAAAAUGCCCAAAAAGCGCAGGAAGCUAUUUCCACGUCGAAGUACAGGAAAGAUGCUGAGAAGACGAUGAAGGAAGGGAAUAAUUUCAACAUCGCGGAGUCAGAAAAAUAUCAAAAUGACAAGCUCAGACAACAGGUCACUUCGGAGAAGGCUUACAAGGAAGCUUGGGAAGCAGAGAAGGCGAAAAUCAAGGGAGAUACUGUCUCCGGCCAGCUGGAGCAGUCGAAGUAUUUGGCGAGUUUGAGGGACCGAAAUUACAAGGCCGAUUACGAGCGGACGAAAGCAAUCAACAACGUGGACUUCAACACGCCCGAGUACCUCCGCGCCAAGCAGAAUCAGUUCAUGCUUUCUGACAGAAAUUACUGGAAAGAUUACGAAGGACCGGAAAGGGAAGACGAUUCCGACGGCGAGGAAUAUACAGAAGAGGAAUUGGAAAUCAUGCGUCGCGCGUACGAGGAGCAUUUGGCACGUGAGGCCGCAAUGGAACGCCAACACGAGGAGAAAGAAGAGGAGCAACAGCAGAUUUCGCAACAUUCGCCAGAGCAAUCAAGUGAUGAAGAGGAAGAGCCAGAGCCAAUAAGAAAUGCUGAUGGUUAUUCAAGAUCUCCCAUUCCUGAGUAUUCUCCUGCAAGUUCUGAGUCUGAGUCAGAAUCUGAAUGA